CCACGUCUCUCUCUCUGCAGCUAAUAGACGAGCAGAUUCUCUGUGUGCACGGGGGCCUCUCCCCAGACAUCAAGACACUCGAUCAAAUUCGAACCAUUGAACGUAAUCAAGAAAUUCCUCACAAAGGCGCCUUCUGUGACCUUGUUUGGUCUGAUCCCGAGGAUGUGGACACGUGGGCCAUCAGUCCGCGAGGAGCAGGCUGGCUCUUCGGCGCCAAGGUGACCAAUGAGUUUGUUCACAUCAACAACCUGAAGCUGAUCUGCCGGGCGCACCAGCUAGUUCACGAAGGCUAUAAAUUCAUGUUUGAUGAGAAGCUGGUGACGGUAUGGUCUGCUCCCAAUUACUGCUACCGCUGUGGAAAUAUCGCGUCAAUCAUGGUCUUUAAAGAUGUAAAUACGAGAGAACCAAAGUUAUUCCGUGCAGUCCCAGAUUCAGAACGUGUCAUUCCUCCUAGAACAACCACUCCCUAUUUCCUCUGA